AAGUGUGUAAAAUUAGGGCAAAAAACUCUGCGGAAGGAAAGACAGAUUUAACUUGUUAGGAACAAAUUUAAACAAUUAUUUUAUUGAUUUCAAGCAUUCCAACAAUCCAACAAAAACACUAUUUUUGAGGGUUUUUAUUAGAGUUGUGCAACUCUCACCGAAAAAAAAUCCGACUCGAAGGACCAAAAAGCAUUAAAUCAUUGCCUGGCUGUCACAUUUUCGUUACGCUUGCUUGCACAACGUACCUUGCCCCAGGCCGUCCGAUCGCAGUUGUGAGAAACCACACAAGAAUAGUCGUCAAUCAUUGUGCAGCACAACACACAAAAAGAAGGAGUUUCCAUAUAGUGUGCAUGUGUGCUCUGCAGAGCGUGUUCGAAAAUCGAUGGAAAAUUGCGGCACUGGGAACAAACGAUAGUGUGAGCUUGGAGAGUGGCCACACAACAGAAAAAAAAGGAUAAGCGUUGCCUUUCGUAGAAAAUAGGUGUUCGGUGGAACGAGUUUCAUUUCGCUUUGUGGUGGCCCAUUCCGUGUGGGAGGGGUAGAUAGUGGAUGUGGUCGUUCGUUAUCAAAACCAAGUUCCCCAAAAAAACUGUCCAGAAGAGGAAGAUGUAACAGUGACGAUGGAAUCAAUUACGAAAUUUGAUGUGUGGCAGAGGUGAAAAUGGUGAAACGCGAUAAAUUGGCUGGUUCUUUCGGUUGUGUGGGACGACUCAUCGCGUGACAGUAAACUGUCAAAAUGUGUACUAACGUGUGUGUCUGUGUGCGAGCAAGUGUUUCGAGCUUCGACUAGAAUCCACGUGUGUGUGAAGUGAGCUGUGCGUGUAGCAAGCAUUCGUUUUGGUGAAACGUGAAAAAAAGAAAAAGGCUCCGAUCAACGGAAAAGUGGUGACCGAGUGACCCCCUGGUGCGAGUGUGUUUGUGUGUGCCUACGCAAAAGUGGCCCACGGCACUUGGCCACUUUCGGGUGUGUGUGUGUGUGCGCGUGUGUUUGUGUGUGUGUGAGUGUGUGUACCGCGGCUUCGUGCUGAAUGUUGAAGAUGUCCUCCAUAUCCGCCCAGGGAGUGGUUGAGCGUGCCUCGGCCGAACUAUCGAAACGCAUCAACGGCCUUGGGCUGCGGUCGAAGCACCAUCAUGGCAGUGGCGGUGGUGGCGGCGGCGGCGGUGGCAAGUCGGGCGAGAAGGCCAGCGUGAUGGAGCGCGUCACGAACGUGCUGUGCGGUGGCAGCAGCUCCAGCAACUCCAGCAACGCCGCCAAUCUCACCAUCCAAACCGCUGGCCAGUCACAGUCGGGCGGUGGUGGAGGCAUCACUGGCGGAGGUGGUGGUGGUGGCCACGCUCCCGAGAAACCGUCCCGUGUGUCCAACACAACCGGGGGAGGCAACAGUGCGGGCGGCAAGGGCUCGAUGCUUGGCAUGGGCGCGGGACCCGGUGGCAAAUCGCAGUCCAACACACCGCAGUCGCUGCGCAAGAUUGGCCACCAGCAGCAUGGCGGCGGCAUGAACCAUCACCAUCUCGGGGGAGCGGGCAAGAUGGGCCAGUCGCAGCUGGCCCUGCCGCAGAUACUGACGAUCGAGCAGCUGCUGCAGGACGAACGCUUCCUGGCCCGGUUCUUCCUGUACUUUACGUCGUACGAGCGGUGCACGCUGGCGCAGGUCUGCCAGAAGUGGCGCGAUCUGCUGUACCGCAGCCCGCGCUACUGGAGCGGCCUGGUGCCGGUGCUGCAGUGUCGCGAGCUGCGCCAGACCACCAACCAGGACCGGGUGAAGCUGUACAACUCGCUGAUUCGGCGCAGCUUCCACGCCGUCUGUCUGAUGGGAGCGACCGACGAGGAUGCGCUGGAUUUGGUACAUUCGUUCCCGCUCGCCUCGAAACACGUCCACUCGCUGAGUCUGCGGUGCUCGUCGAUCAGUGAUCGGGGUCUGGAGGCACUGCUGGAUCACUUACAGUCCCUGUUCGAGCUGGAGCUGGCCGGGUGUAAUGAGAUUACCGAGGCCGGUCUGUGGGCGUGCCUGACGCCAAGGAUAGUGUCACUCUCGCUGGCGGAUUGCAUCAAUGUGGCCGACGAAGCGGUCGGAGCCGUCGCACAACUGUUGCCUUCACUGUAUGAAUUUUCGCUGCAGGCCUACCACGUGACAGACGCAGCGUUAGGUUACUUUUCGCCCAAGCAAAGCCACAGCCUAAGCAUUCUCCGGUUGCAGUCCUGCUGGGAGCUUACGAACCACGGUGUCGUCAACAUUGUACACUCUCUGCCACAUUUGACCGUGCUGUCGCUGUCCGGCUGCAGCAAGGUGACGGAUGACGGUGUGGAGCUGAUUGCGGAAAACCUCCAGAAGCUAAGGGCACUCGAUCUGUCCUGGUGCCCCCGGAUAACGGAUGCCGCCCUCGAGUACAUUGCCUGUGAUCUGAACCAGCUGGAGGAGCUAACGCUGGAUCGCUGCGUGCACAUCACCGACAUCGGCGUGGGCUACAUCUCCACGAUGCUGUCGCUGUCCGCCCUGUUCCUGCGCUGGUGCACCCAGAUCCGGGACUUUGGCCUGCAGCAUCUCUGCUCGAUGCGCAACCUGCAGGUGCUGUCCCUGGCCGGCUGCCCGCUGCUCACCUCGUCCGGCCUGUCCAGCCUGAUCCAGCUGCGCCACCUGCAGGAGCUGGAGCUGACCAACUGUCCCGGCGCGUCCCAGGAGCUGUUCGGCUACCUUCGCGAGCAUCUGCCCCGCUGUCUGCUGAUCGAAUAAUCCCAUUCCGGGCACCAACCGCGCAACUCGACCGCCGUUCGAUGACACGUGCAAGCGAGAUCUUCGCUUCCGACGUUCGCUUCCUCCUUCCCGCUUGCUUUCGCUCUCGUUGGAACGUUUUGUGGAGCGAGCUGGAAAGAGGGAAACUGCGAUGCAAAGCUGAUUGGCCUACGCAAAACCUGCCCCCUCUACAUCCAACCCUCUGCCGAUUGUGUUUGGCGAAGACAAACCGGAGGUAGGGAUUUAGUAAUUGGAACGUUUAAUUAGACAAAAAGCGAGGGACGGUGGAGGAACAUUUAGUUUAGUUUUCCUUUUUUUAUGUGAGCUUCUUUGCUCUUCUUUUUAACGCAAUUUAUAAGGCAGCUGCCCGCUAGUGCGUAGUUUUUACAACACUAUUUUUACUUACCUUUUUACACGCAUACUUUCGUGGCUUGUAGCGCGUAGCAAACAGUCACUUGCGCCAUCGACUGCAACACAUGCAGGAGAGAGGAAAACUAUUUGUAUGGCAAACACGAAUAAUUGCUGAUUGGUUUUUUAAGUGUACAGCCCUGAUCUCACUUGUUAAAUGCCCCCUCGAGCAAGGAAACUCAAAAUUAGUGUUAACUUAAAACAGGACAGCAAAAUGGGUAGAAUAUGAAAAGGGCAACAAAGGGAAAGAGUAAGCCUGCAAUUGCUAAAACAAAACUACAAAAAAAAAAUAAACAAAAAUAAUCUUAUUUUGUCGAAUGUUAAAUGGCUGUGUAGAUAAGAGAGUGUAUAAAACCCUAGUGCAGAAAGAGAAGAAAGAAAAAUUGAUAAAAAAAGAAGCAAAGGAAAAACACGCUACGCUACAAACUAAUGCAAACAAACAAAACAACACAAGAUGAACAAACAAACAAACAAAAACUACUUCUUACUACUAACACACGCAAACGAUGAGGAUUCAGAGUGUGUUACUGAGUAAUUAAAGCAAAAGCAAAAUCCAACAUACAACGUGUGUGUGUGAUGAAUGUGGUGGUGUUGAUGGAUAUGUUUAACAGAAAACUGAAUGUUUUGGUGGUAGUAGCCAACUAUUAAGUAAUGUGUUAUAUGGAGGAAAAGUAGAACACACACACACACACACACACACACUAACAGACACACAUACAGAUUUGUUACAGCUGCAAUGCACAGCAGCAGAUGGAGAAACACGUUUAGUAAAGUAUAGCGGGAGUAGCGAUGAAUAAGAGAUGAACAAGAGACAAGAGAUACAUACAGAUACACUAAAACUAAUUAGAAAAAGAAAAAACCGGGCGGUAUUAUGCUAAUAUAUUCUAGAAAUGGUUGAAAUACACAAUUGGUACAAUUUAAUGUAUGAAGAGUAAUGCAGGAAGAAAUAGGACAGAGUGUGUGUAGGACGCAGACACGUAAACACACGACCUUAGUAUUGUAUUGUACAUAUGAUUUUUUAAACCUGACAAGACUUGACUCCGGAGAAGUGGUUUGCGUGUGCGUUUGUGUGUUUGUGUAAGCGAUCGUGUGUUAUAAAGUUGCAACGUAAGCGAAAGAAUAGAGUAGAAGAAGAGACGCAAAACGCGGCAUUACACAAUAAGAAAACCGGAGCGGGGAGAAUAAAACGAAGAGAAAAAAAAAGUUAAAAAAGCUUAACCCGUAAUGAAACCUUCCUUUUCCCUAGUUGGUUGUAUAAUAAGACAAGGAUAAACUUUGCCCUUAAAACCGCUCAUUUAAAACUGCUGCAAAAGUUGAGAAAGCAAACAACAACCAAACAAAACGGUAUAAAGCCGAAACAAAAACGCUAGAUCGAAAUAGAAAACAAAGGAAUAAACUUUAACAAAAAAUAGAGAUAAAGACAAAAGACGUGUACG